AUGAUGCCGCGGCACGAUGCGCGACGACGGGCGAGGCGGCGGAAGGCUGCUGCAGCGUUCUCCGUGGCAUGGGCGCUGGGAGCAGGCCAUUUGGGCUUUCCUGAGCGCGCCGUGACUUCGGCGACGUCGACCGGAGCUGGGAGAGUCUUCCCGGAAGCCGGUCGACCUGAUGCGCAUCUCCAAGUCCCAGCGCUGCUCUGUCGCGCGACAGGUGGAAAUGAUGGCCGUGCUGUGCUCGCCAGCAGACUGGUGACUUCGAGCCCUCGUUUCCCACUGCGGCGCCUGCCGACAAGAUCUCGAAGAUGUUCCCGCUCGGUCUUCGGUGAAGGCGCCGGUCCUGCUGAGUUUGCUGCCGGCUCUCUUGCAGCCGCCGUAGCAGGUUGGUCCGUCUACGACUGGGCCUUGCGACGGUCGCUUCAGAAGCCGUAUCUGGAGAUGCGGGUGGUGGACGCGGCCGUGAACGGCAAGGAGGAAGACCUCGCGGAUCGGAUCACUGAGCUUCUGGAAGCAGCUCCGUCAUCGGCCGCCGAGGACUCCGUGGCUGUUUGGGAGCGCUUGCGUGGCGCAGACGCGACGGGGACCGGCCCCUAUGCGUUCGAAAGCGAGUCGCUGAGGUGCAAAGAAGAGGCUUCCGGAUGGGUUGUCGAAGGGAAAGCGGCUGGCGAGCCCCUUGCGAAGCUGCUGACGAGGCGCUGGCCAGAAAGCGGAGGAGUGGUCAGUGACACUGCUUCGCGGCUGGACUGGGAGCGGGUGAUUCGCGAGGCCUCUUCACCCGUCAAUCCAGAGACGAUCCGUGGCUCCUCCUGGACCUUCGAAUUUCGAUCCUACACGAACGAAGAGGAGCUUGGGGCCAUGCUCGCAGCACGUGGAGGACUUCAAGGCCUGCUGUUCCGUGCCAGGGACCGCACUACCCUUGAGGUGUCUGACGAUGGCUCGGCGAUUCUGGAGGACAACUUCUUGCUGCUCGGCGGCGCCUUCACAGCCAGGAUUCGGUGGCGUGGAUCUUUGGCCUCGGAAGGAGGAGUUCCGCGCCUGCAGUGGACAUCGUCCGAGGCAGCGAUCUUCUUCGCAGUUUUCCCGGUGCCCUAUGUGGUGAACCGGCCCUCUGCUGCGGAGCGACUGCGUAAGGAUCCCUGGGAGCUGCAGGCAAUGCUGACUGCACCUGUCGAUGGUCAAGAGCGCAAUUUGAUGGUCAUGAAACGGCUGGGGCAGGGUUGCCUCGUUUUCAUGGAGGACAACAGCAGCCGCGCGAAAGGAUAA